AUGAAACGGCAACGAGGACCAUUGAGGUUGAAAAUUAGAGUGAGGGUCUUGCUACUUAAUGCUGUUAUCGUGUGCAUCGGUGUAUUGACAGCGAUCUUUAUUCCCAGUGUCAGCAGUAUAAUCCGAUACUUCGGUGCCUUCUCGGGACUGAUGUAUGCUUAUGCACUCCCAUGUUUGGUACACAUGCGAAUCGCAAAACUCGAGGGAAAACUUUCAGCCCUCAAAAUAGUCAUUCAUGUUUCAAUAAUUGUUUUUGGAGUCGCUGACCUGAUCGCACAGUUUCUCAUAUGA